AUGCAGAGAAAUGAGAUAAGACUGGAUUCUGCAGUACCUGAACCUCCAGAACCUAGACUAGUACCCUAUAUCGACGGAAUACCCUGGGGCAGGACCGCAUGCAACCAUGAUUUCUCUCCGGGGCCUAUGGUCAGCGUCAUCCAGCUGAGCUUACGUCCUGGCUUAAACAUCCUCCAGCACAGCCUCGCUUCUUCUCUUUGGGCUGCUUCUUUGGAAUAUGUGCGUUCUAUCCCGGACUGUAAGGCUAUCUAUUGGGCGCCGUUGCACGACCGGCCAGAAAGGAUAAUCGUUCUGCUUCAAUGGAAGUCCGCGCUGGCAUUAAAGACGUUUCAACAAUCUUUCGGCUUCGGAUUGAUGAUUGGAUUGCUGAGGCUAAAUUGCUUCAAUCGGUGUAUUUCGCUUAGUUUGCCGUCCUUAUCAUCAUCGACUACGGAGUAUACGUGCGAGCUGGUCUCGUUUCAGUUUGCGGCAAAUGGCUCAGUUGAGGCAAGGGAGCAGUUUUCAAAGGCCUGGGAUGACUUUUGUGGCGAAGUUAAAAGGGAUAGCAAUGAUGAUAAUUUGAUGGUCUGCGGUGGCUGGGUGCAGCGUGACAGCGAAUAUGGAACGACAGCGGCUGGACAAGCGCUCGUCGAAUCUCAGCCUUUCUUCUUCCUAGGACUGCUGUUUUGGAGGGAACCAGUAGCCUCGAGGGUGUCGGAGACUUUGAGAAACAGGGUGGCAACCCUUUCAUCCGUUACUACUGGAGUAAACUCCGAGUUAACCCUGACCCUGAGAAGAGAAGACAUAUCGACAACCCAUGACGACGCCAGUAACAUUGUGCCAAAACUGUCUGGCCGUCUGACGAUGGAAACCAGUAUAUCAACCCCUAUCCCUCGAACAUAUAGAAAUUUAUCUUGGACCACAGUCGAAAACCACCACAACGCACGGACAGCAAGCGGCGGUACAUACUCCUUUCCUCCCCUCAGGGCCAAUCCAUCAAAGAUGGGCACAAUCAUUUGGCAAUUCCCUCCUCACCACAAUCAACCCCGAACCAAAAAAUCUCGAAGUCAAGGGCUCCAGUAUCUACGAGAGACCAUUCAAACCUUCGCAGAUACGUUUUACUACGCUAUCACAUACUCAUCCCAACAGGCCUUUCACGGCCGUUGCCCAUACAUAGGACCAGUAGAGAUAAUCUCUUUCUACGUUCCUCAAGAACUCUUCGACAGGGAGUUGUUCAAGCUGCUUUACCGGGACUUUUCAACAGCCAUGUUCCCACCCAUGCUCGGCGGGAUACCUCGUGCCGGCCACGCCUGCGGAGGCGGUUGGGAUGACGAGUCCAGUGUACUCGACGACAAUGGGACGAAGGUGAUGCGAUUCACAGCUGUUAUAUCAUGGCACAGUAACGAGUCUCGCGAAGAAAUGUAUGGCAAAUUCGUGCGCGGAGCGAUGGAAAGCUACGAACGGUUUGGUCAUAUCAUUGAUAGAUUUCGAUUGUUAACUGUCAAGGUCGAGUCGAUGCUGGUUAGUUUUCUGAACAAGUCUUGA